GCCACUCUUCGGCAUCAGAACUUACCAUGAUGGCUGUGACCUACAAUCCUCAGGAAGCCCUGGGGUCAUGGCCCAGAUGCACCCAGGAGAAGGAGCGAUGUGUGGAGCCCACCACGGUGGUGGUGCCUCCCUCAGGACUUUAAGACCCUCUGUGGACCCUGAAAUACUUUCAUUCUCAGGACUCAGGGACUCGGCUCGGCCUGCUCCUAAUGGUACCCGCUGCCUCACAGAGCACUCUAGUCCUACGUACACACAGCCCCCAAAUCCAGCCCACUGGUCAGAUCCAAGCCAUGGCCCUCCAAGGGGCCCAGGACCCCCUAGGGAUGGAGAGGACCCUGAUCAGCGUGAGGCAUCUUCAGAAGAGUCAGGAGUGGACCAGGAACUCUCCAGAGAGAAUGAGGCUGGGUACCAGGAGGAUGGGAACCCUUCUUUUCUUUCCAUUCCACCUGCUUGUAACUGCCAGGGAACCCCUGGAAUCCCUGAAGGGCCUCAUUCUGAGGGAGGAGACAGCUCUUCUAGCAACUUUUGCCACCAUUGUACCUCUCCUGCUUUGGGGGAAGACAAAGAGUUGGAAGAGGAAUACGAUGAGGAGGAAACUCUUAAGUUUCCCAGUGGUUUUUCACGUGUGCCCAGUGGAGAGAAACCUGCACCCCGGAGACAAUGGCACCGCGUUCCAGCCAAGGAGGAUACUCGGGAGGGUGGACGCAGCGAUCCCAGAUCCCCUGGUCGACAUCGGCUGGGUCGGAAACGGAGUCAGGCAGAUAAGCGCAGAGGACUGGGAGUGUGGGGGGCAGAGGAACUGCGUCAGCUUGGACAGGCAGGCUUCUGGUGGCUGAUCGACCUGCUGGUAUUAGUGGGGGACUAUAUGGAAACUUAUGGCCAUCUCAUCUGCUGCAGGCAGCUGAAAGGCAGUGAUCUGGACCUUUUUUGGGUCUGGGUGGGAGUAUGGGCAGGGCGGCUGGGGGUCAGGGCCCAGGUGAUGUUCCAGUUUCUGAGUCAAGGGUUUUGCUAUGGGGCAGGGCUGUUCACCCGUUUUCUUAGGCUACUGGGUGCUUUGCUGCUCCUGGCUCUGGCCCUUUUGUUGGGCUGUCUGCAGUUGGGCUGGCGGUUUCUGGUAGGACUGAGUGACCAGUUAGGCUGGAGGGGUAAAGCCACCUGGCUCUUCUCUUGGCUGGCUUCUCCCACCUGGCAGCGGUGCCUGAUUCUGCUGCGAGAGAGCAGGCCAUGGCAGCAGCUGGUAAGAAUAGUUCAGUGGGGUUGGCUGGAGUUGCCUUGGGUCAAGCAGAGGACCAAUAGGCAGGGGAAUGCACCUGUAGCUAGUGAUCGCUACUGCCAGCCUGAAGAGGAAGUGGCUCACCUGUUGACCAUGGCUGGGGUUCCUGAGGAUGAGCUAAACCCUUUUCAUGUGUUGGGGGUUGAAGUCACAGCAUCAGAUGUUGAGCUGAAGAAGGCCUAUGGACAGCCGGCAGUGAUGGUUCAUCCUGACAAAAAUAAUCAUCCCCGGGCUGAGGAGGCCUUCAAGGUUUUGCGGGCAGCUUGGGACAUUGUCAGCAACCCUGAAAGACCGAAGGAAUAUGAGAUGAAGCGAAUGGCAGAGAAUGAGCUGAGCCGGUCAGUGAGUGAGUUUCUGUUCAAGCUGCAGGAUGACCUCAAAGAAGCAAUGAAUACUAUGAUGUGCAGCCAAUGCCAGGGAAAGCAUAGGAGGUUUGAAAUGGACCGGGAACCUGAGAGUGCCAGAUACUGUGCUGAGAGUAAUAGGCUGCAUCCUGCUGAGGAAGGAGACAUUUGGGCAGAGUCAAGCAUGUUGGACCUCAAGAUCACCUACUUUGCGCUGAUGGAUGGAAAGGUGUAUGACAUCACAGAGUGGGCGGGAUGCCAGCGUGUGGGAAUCUCCCCAGAUACCCACAGAGUCCCCUACCACAUCUCACUUGGUUCACGGAUGCCAGGCACCAGUGGGAGGCAGGGAGCUACCCCAGAUACCCCUCCUGCUGACCUUCAGGAUUUCUUGAGCCGGAUCUUUCAAGUACCCCCAGGCCAGAUGUCCAAUGGGGACUUCUUUGCAGCUCCUCAGCCGGGCCCUGGUGCCACUGCAGCCUCCAAGCCCAACAGCACAGUACCCAAGGGAGAAGCCAAACCGAAGUGGCGGGAGAAAGUGAGGAGGCCCUUCCAGCGCUGA